CACCCCCAAAUUCCUACACAACCUCUCUCCACUUUGAAAACCUUUUUCAGUCCGUCAACCCAAAACAAAUAUCCUUUCAAAAAUCUUCUUCAAUAUUGGCCUUUUUUGUGGAUAAUGGGAGCUGAAAUCACAGCCUAGAUUCUUGUCUUCACGCGCCAAAAGAAGAACCCCGUUUUCGGAUUCUGUUGAAUUCCAAGAUUUGAUUCUGCUACGACCCAAAAGAAACAACAGAACAAUGUAUUCAAAUAUUGAACUCCCGUCGACCAAGACAGUGAUCUCCGCCGCCGCUUCCGUCGCGGCCACGGCCGUGCUAGUUCGGUCAUUUGCCCGAGAUUUCCUCCCCCAUGAGCUCAGUCAAUAUUUCUCGAUCAAGCUCCAAAACCUUUUUACUGCAUUCUCUAAUGAAAUAACCUUGGUCAUCCAUGAGUUCGAUGGCCUAAACAGAAACCAACUCUUUCACGCCGCAAGACUCUAUGUGGCCACCAUUAUUACCCCCUCCACCAAGAGAUUUCGGGCUUCGCUGCCCGAAAAGGAGAAGAGAAUCCGUGUUUCAGUGGGAGGAAAUGACGAUAUCACCGAUAAGUUUUGUGGGUUCCAACUGAAAUGGAGGAUAGUUGUCAAAGAAACUCAACCCCGGUACGUUAACUACCCCGAUGACUUCCAACACACUCUGACAACUGAAUUUAGGUGCUUGGAGUUAACCUUCCACAAGAAACACAAAGACAAGGUUUUCAAUGAGUAUUUGACAUAUGUUAUUGAAAGAUCAAAAGCUGUUAAAGAGGAACAAAAGACCCUUAAAUUGCACACGUUGAGAAAUGAUAGAAUGCAUGGACUACGGCGGGAUCCAUGGCAAGCUGUGAAUCUUGAUCACCCGGCAAAUUUUGGGACUUUAGCAAUGGAUGAGGAGAUCAAGAAGACGAUAAUAGAUGAUCUUGACAGGUUUUUGAAGAGGAAAGAGUUUUAUAGGAAGGUGGGGAAAGCUUGGAAAAGAGGGUACUUGUUGUUUGGGCCUCCAGGGACAGGCAAAUCAAGUUUGAUUGCAGCCAUGGCCAAUUAUUUGAAUUUUGAUGUUUAUGACUUGGAACUGACUGACCUUAGGUCCAAUUCCGACUUGAGGAGAUUACUGAUUUCUACGGCAAAUAGGUCAAUUCUUGUGGUGGAAGACAUUGAUGCAUCCAUUGAUCUGUCUGAUAGGAGGAAAUCACCAAAACAAUUCCCACCCAUUUUCCAUCAAAGCCAACGACCAAAGAUUACCUUGUCAGGGCUACUGAAUUUCAUGGAUGGGUUGUGGUCAAGUUGUGGAGACGAACGGAUCAUUAUUUUCACGACGAACCACAAAGAAAAGCUCGAUCCAGCUUUGUUGCGUCCUGGCCGUAUGGAUGUGCACAUUCACAUGUCUUACUGCACCCCCUGUGGCCUCAAAAUGCUGGCAACCAAUUAUCUUGGAAUCACAAGUCACCCGCUUAUAUUAAAGGCUGAGGGGCUAAUAGCCUCGAUCAAGGUGACUCCUGCUGAUGUAGGGGAACAGCUGUUGAAGAGCGAUGAUCAGGAGCUUGCUCUCCAGGGCCUGAUUAAGUUCCUUGAACACAAAAAGGAGACUGUAAGAGUUAGAGAAGAAAACUUAGAAAUGACCAAAAGAGAAGUGACAAAUGAAGAGAGAAUGGAAGAAGGGUCUAAGAAUUUGAAGGCUUGCAAGACCUCAGAUGGGCUUAAAGAAUUGAUCAAGAUAGCUAAAGCAUCUUCUGCAAAUAAGAGGGAGAAGAUGCUUGAGAAGGAUGAGGCUGCUAAUGCCUUGAAAAUCUUGAUGGAAUUCCUUGAAGAGGAAAUUGGGACCAAAAAUGUGGAAGAUUCUGAUCCAAGUUUAGGGGCUUCUGUAGUACCUCAGUCAGAAUCUGGGAAAGAAGAGGGGAUCGAGACUGAGUGAAACGGUGGGGUUUGCUUUGAAGGAGAAGUAAAGCUAUCUCUAGUAGGUAACAUGAAAUAACACGAUUGAUGCAACUUAUCUAUUGAGGAACUUAUUCUGUAAUCAUUUCCAGAAAAUGAAAUCUUUAGUUAGCCCCACUUA